AGGGAGCGCGCCAGCACCACUGGGCCAAACCAACCAGCCAGCCAGCCAGCCAGACACACACUCACUCACUCCUACACACACCUCUAACCCACCCACCAUGCUCUCCAGCGUCUCCGUUCUCUGCCUGUGCUCGCUGCUGCUGCUCAACCUGGCCGGUGCCAAACCGCUCUCCGGUCUCCAGACCAUCAAAGAGCUUCUGGAAGAGGAGCAGGAAGCCAAUGUGCCUUAUUUGGGCACUGAAGAUGCGAGCAUGGAGCACAGAGGCUCGAGCCCGGAGGAUUCCGGAAAUGAGAGCGCGCUGGAGCGCGUGCUCGGAGACCUGCUGGCCGUGUCCAAGCGCUCGUGGAGCCGCUUCAAGAAGGGUGGACUGCGCAGCUGCUUCGGGGUCAGGCUCGAGCGCAUCGGCUCCUUCAGCGGGCUGGGCUGCUGAUCGCCAGGUUCUGUGUGCUACUGGAAUAGGGGGCACUGAGACCCUCCUUACUUGAAACUCUUCGGGCAGGGCAUAUCUUUUUUUUGUUUUAAUAUUUUUAAAACUUUAUUUUUGUUUUCAGACUAUUAACUCCAAGUUCCAAGUUUACAGUGGAUGUGUAUUCAGAGCACAGUGAAAAAAACCCUGCUUUGAAUUUACUUGCUUCAAAUGUGCACAUCGCCUUCACCGCGCAUAAAACACUCCACUACAUGAGAAAAGCACGUUAAGUGGAUGGAAACUGUGCUGAUGUCAUAUUUUGAAGCAGGUAAAUUAAAUGCACUUUUUUCAGUGUAUGGUCUGUUGUCUGAGUUAUUUAUUCAGUGGCAACUGUGCAGAUUUGUAAAUAGCUUUUUUUGUAAACCUAUCGUCUAUUUGCUGCUUUUUACUGUUUCUUCAAUGUAUCUAUUUAUUUCUUGUCCAGAUCUGUUCAUGUUAUAGAGUGUAUGUGGAGGCCAAAUAAAUAUUUUGCAUAAUAAAUGUGAUAAGCUGGUGUGAAUCUC